GCUCACUAACGCAAAAUGCCAGACCGCCAGCUGCGCUCACUGGCGAGGACUGUGGUGACCGCGGGUGUGGCCUACGCCUUGUGGUUCUACGUCUCCACCUUGUGCCCCGCCACACACCAGGACCAGCCACACCUGCCAGGAUCCAGGGCCGAGGCUCCGGCGCGCGGGCGCGCAGGGGACAGAAAGGGAAAGGCGGAGGCGGGGAUGGAGAAGGUGAAGAUUAAGAAAGAGAGUCAAAGGUUUUCUUCGACCAGUAAGGAAACAGCGGUAAAGGUAGAGAAGGAAAAAGGGAAGGACCUGGAAGUAAAAAGCAAGGAGAAGGGGAAAGAGAAAGGGAAGGAAGAGGAGAAAAAGUCGGUGGAGCCGAAAAACAAGGGGAAUGAGAUAGGGAAAGGAGAAGAGAGGGAGAAGGAGGUAGGGCUGAAAAUCAACCAAGGGAAAGAGAACGAAGACGAGAAAAGGAAGAAUGUGGGCGUGAAAACCAAGGAGAACGGCAAAGACAAAGGGAAGGAGGAAGAGAAAAAGAAAGGUGUGGAUAUGAAAUCCAAGGAGAACGGCAAAGACAAAGGGAAGGAAGAGGAGAAAAAGAAGAGUGUGGACGUGAAAUCCAAGGAGAACGGGAAAGACAAAGGGAAGGAGGAGGAGAAAAAGAAGAGUGUGGACAUGAAAACCAAGGAGAACGGGAAAGGGAAAGAAGAGAAAAGAAAGAGUGUGGACACGAAGACCAAGGAAACUGGAAAAGAGAAGGAAGAGGAGAAAAGAAAGAGUGCGGACCUGAAGACCAAGGAAACCGGAAAAGAGAAGGAAGAGGAGAAAAGGAAGAGUGCGGACCUGAAGACCAAGGAAACCGGAAAAGAGAAAGAAGAAGAGAAAAGAAAGAGUGUGGACAUGAAGACCAAGGAAACCGGAAAAGAGAAGGGAGAAGAGAAAAGAAAGAGUGCGGACCUGAAGACCAAGGAAACCGGAAAAGAGAAGGAAGAGGAGAAAAGGAAGAGUGCGGACCUGAAGACCAAGGAAACCGGAAAAGAGAAAGAAGAAGAGAAAAGAAAGAGUGUGGACAUGAAGACCAAGGAAACCGGAAAAGAGAAGAGAGAAGAGAAAAGAAAGAGUGCGGACCUGAAGACCAAGGAAACCGGAAAAGAGAAGAGAGAAGAGAAAAGAAAGAGUGCGGACCUGAAGACUAAGGAGAAUGGGAAAGACAAAGAGAAGCAGGAAGAGAAAAAGGAAAAUGACGUGAAAGGCAAGGAGAAUGGGACAGGGAUGGAAGCCAAGAAGGAGCAAGGGACGAAGAAAGAGAAUGAACAGGUCACAGAACAUGUCAAGGAGAACAGCAGCACCUUCAUUAAAACCCUGUACCCGCCGCUGAUGGAAAAUAAGCAGAUCCUAGUACUAGGUCUGGAUGGAGCAGGAAAGACCAGCGUCCUCCACUUGCUGGCUUCCAACACAGUCCAGCCCAGCAUAGCACCCACCCAAGGUUUCAACACAGUCCAUAUCAACUCUGAAGACAGGCAAAUGGAGUUCCUGGAGAUUGGUGGCAGUGAACCAUUCCGCUCCUACGGGGAAUUGUACCUACCCAAGGGGCAGCUGCUGAUCUUUGUGGUAGAUUCAGCUGAUCACAAACGAUUACCUGAAGCCAAGAAAUACCUUCAUCAGUUAAUUAAUCCAAAUCCAGGGCUCCCUCUGGUAGUGUUUGCCAACAAACAGGAUCUAGAAUCGGCUUAUCGCAUUACAGACAUCCAUGACGCUUUGGCUCUCUCUGAAGUGGGGAACAACAGGAAACUGUUCUUGUUUGGAACUCAGGUGACCAGGAAUGGGUCAGAGAUCCCCUACACCAUGCAAGAUGCCAAAGACCUGAUUACACAUCUGGCCAUAAAUAUGUAGAAGAGACUCGGACCCGCCCGGCCCACUACUCAGCUCCCAUACAACCACCACCAGAGAGGGGCUGAGAGGCAGGCUUAAGCCAAAGCUUUCCACUUUCAAUAAAAAAUAAACCCAA